UUAUCGAAGUAAUGGCAAAACAAUUAUUGUCAAUUAAAAGAUUUAUGUUGUGAUUCAGUAUUUGGUUGAUACAUAAUAGGGAAGAUGCCUUUCUUUCUAGAGUUUUCCAUAGUUUUGUUACUGUUUAGGCUAUGUAGUGCUAACAUCUUCUGUUCAGAGCAAUAUUGCCAAUCUUAUCGAGAGCAGAAAGGUUGUCCAGUUUUGUCAACUGGAUGUCAAAUACAGAACGAGACUCAUAAUGGAGAAGUUUUCCCUGCUGCCGACCCAUGCAAUUGUUGUAAUGUUUGCUUGGAGAAUAUAAGAGAGGGACAAUAUUGCACUAUUGGGUCUAUUGACGCCGCACCACCCCUAUAUGCGUGUGGGCCUGGUUUGAAAUGUGUACGUGACCAGGAGGAUGAGGAUUACAAGUGCCAACGCAUGACCGACACGCCUUGUUUUCAAGAACAAAUUGAGUUCGACAAGAAAUAUUCGGCAAAUGAAACUGGUUCUUAUAUGCAGCGUCCAAACUGCGAUGGUGAUGGAAAUUAUCGACCGAUUAAAUGUCAUCCAGGCCAAACGUGUUUUUGCGUGGAUGAAGAAGGAAAACGUAUAUUUGGGGAAGCACCGCAUUCCACCUACACUGAACUUACGAUGAAGUGUGAAUGCUCUCGUCUGAACGACAAGCUUUCAAAACUUCUCCCUUCAAGAUACCCUGUUAUAACUGCUCGAUGCCUUGAAGAUGGAAGUUUCGAUCCGAUGCAAUGCAUGGGGGAUUCUUGCACUUGUGUUGACCAAAGUACAGGAUUUCCUGUAACAGAUACAUUUAAUGCAACUGAAAUUGGAUUUAAAAACCUGCCUUGUUAUAAUAAGACAAUUCAUCGGAGCUGGCUUUAUCUUCAUGACUGCGAAAUAAUCCAAGAUGAGUACAUAGAGCAAAUCCAGACAUCUGAAGCAGAAGGCUUUUCAGUGAUAAACUUCAAAGGGCAACUUUGCCAACCUGAUGGAUGGUUUUUGCCAGUGCAGACCAACAGUACACAUAAAUAUUGCGGGGAUAAAUAUGGUCGCCAAAUAGGGGAUUAUAGUGCACCAAAAAAGUCUGCAAAAAAUAUGAAUUGCCUAUGUGCCAGGACUAUAGAUCUGACAACUAAGGAUCACACUUCACCAACUCGGCAGUGUUGUUCGAAUGGAAAUUUCAAACCGGUGCAUUGUCAUUUAGAUAAAUGUUAUUGCGUCGACGAAAAUGGCCUGCAAACAACGAAGGAGGUGGAUCAGUCGAAUGUCUCGUCUUUGCCUUGCUAUUCCAAUAUCUGCUAAGUAGGAUUAUCCCAUAUUUCAUUAGUACACCAUAGAUGAAAAAGUUGUAAAUCGUUGCACAAUUUCGUAUUGUAUUAUUAUUAUUAUCCAUGCAAAAAUUC